AUGUCGUCUGUUCCGAUCUGGCAGCCCGAUGAAGAGGCCUCUGCAUGUGUGUUAUGCUCUACCAAGUUCACUUUCUUCAAUAGACGUCACCAUUGCCGGAAAUGUGGGAGAAUUGUAUGUGCCAGUUGCUCUGAACAACCUAUUCGAUAUUUUGCUAGCACUAUGAUCGUUGGUCAUAACGGUAAACAGAUCAAACCAGUACCCUUUGAAACAUACCGCACCUGUGACGAAUGUGUGGAUGAGAUCAAAAUGAUUCGUAGAGCCCUUUUCGCUGAAGGAGGGACUGCGGACGAGGGUGAACCUGCCAACAUAACUAAUAAUUCCAGUGGCGGAAAUGGUAAUCGUGCCACAAAUACGUCUCAUAAUUCAGGGGAUCAAGAAUUAUCUUCUAAUCAUGAUAAUGGAUCUGCAACAAGUAUCACAAAGUAUAUGAACACUCGAAUCAGUACUCAUAUGGUGGAAUCGUCUACACAAUCAUCAGUAAAUGGAACCCCUUUGCUCCAGGGAGCUACGAAUAACACCCCUGAAGAUGACGACAACAGUGACCACAACUUGUGUCCUGUAUGUGCUGUAAAUCUUCUGAAACUCUUUCAAGGGUCUGGUAACGACGAGUUUGAAGCAUUCAAAGAGGCACACAUAUGUGACUGUUUAACUGCUUUUGAUUUUAAUCUUGACCAUCAACGAAGUCCUACGGCAAACGGUUCUCGUAUGCAUACACGAAAUAAAAUGUUGGUCUAUAAUAUCCCUCCUAUACCUAAACCACAGUUUGAGUCGAUCCCCAAUAAUAUCGAUAAUCCUGAAAGCAGCGGCUCACAACCAAGUCUAGGUUUGGGAGGGUUUCUGGUGGGGUCUGACAACUCCACUUCAACAGUUAACAUGUCUGAAAAGUACGUUGAUCGAGAAUGUGUUAUCUGUUUAGAGGAUUUGAAGCCUGGAGAUAAGGUUGGUCGGUUGGAAUGUUUAUGUGUUUUCCACUACAAAUGCAUCAAGGAUUGGUUUAAUAAGAAAGGGUAUGGUGAAUGUCCAGUUCAUUUUUUACAUAAAUAA